AUGGCGGCAGAGUCGAAGUUCGCCAUCCACGCGGCCGCUCGCGAGGGCAGGCUGGCCGCCGUCGAGUCUCUCCUAAAUGCGGAUCCAAGGCUCGCCCGUCUCAAGGAUGAAGAUGGACGCCUCCCCAUACACUGGGCGGCAUCUUCGAACCAGACCGAGAUCGCAACCCUGCUAAUCCAACAGAAGGACUUCGAUCCUGAUGCUCAGGAUGACAUGGGAUGGACACCGCUCAUGAUAUCCGCGAGUGUCAAGGACGGCGACAAGAUUAUCGAUCUACUCCUCUCCAAGGGGGCAGACACGGCGCUGCACUUUCUCGCCUCUAAGAACAACCUAGACGUAGCGCGCAAGCUCCUCGAGCAGAAGCCACCCGCCUCGACGCGCGUGCGCGACAAGCGCGGCCAGUAUCCGAUUCAUCGCGCCGCGGCCGUAGGUUCUGUCCCAAUGGUGAAGCUACUCCUAGAAAACCGGAGCCCGUUGGACGCGACGGACAGCGCAGGCUAUACGGCGCUGCAUCACGCCGUGGCCGAAGGGCGCGGCGACACGGCCGUGGCACUACUCAAGGCAGGCGCCGCGACGGACAAGAAGGACGCAGACGGGUGUCUAGCUCUAGAUCUUGCGCCGGACAGUGACGUGCGCAAGUUCAUUGAGCGGGAGGCGGAAAGGGAUGGGAUCGCGAUUUAA